AUGACGCGCGUGACAGCCAAUCGUGGUGCACGUGGACGUCCACGUCGUGCACUUCCACCAUCAUCAUCUAAUGAUAAUCCGGCAUUUCGUGUUCAAAAUUCCCAAGAUUAUUGGCCAAAUUGUGAGGCAAUGACAGCCAGCAUGCCAGAGACAUUUCAGCGAUUAUCACAUGCUCAUCACAUGAAUGGACACCGUAUGUCAAACAUAGCUUGGCCAUCAAGCUCGGCUGCUGGAGCAACACCAGUUCCUCAUCAUCCUCAUCACCCUCAACUUCUUCCACAGUCACAUCUUCAUCAGCAGCAGCAACUCCAUCUUCAGCAGCAGCAUCAUCAGCAGCAACAUCAGCAGCAUCAGCAGCAGCAGCAUCAACAACAGCAACAACAACAACAACAACAACAACAACAACAGCAGCAACAACAACAACAACAACAACAACAACAACAACAACAACAGCAGCAGCAACAACAACAACAUCAACAUCAACCACAGCAGCAUCCACAUCAUCCACCAGCGGCAUUCGUUCAACAUCAUCUCCAAUAUGCUCAACACCCGAUGCAUCCGUGGCCGGUCUAUCAACACAACCAAGCCUAUCCGAAAAUGACUGAUAAUCCAAUUGAACAACAGCGACCGGCCGACCAACCAUCAGAAGGACAAUUGGCUAUGAAUGGUGAUGGUGUCUGGAAUGAAGAAGAAAUGACUCAAUUACUUGGAACAAUGCCGUUUAAUCCAGAAUAUGUGCCAAAUCAGAUGUUUCAACAGGGAAUGAAAGGCAUUCCACCUGGUGGUCCAUUCGUUCAUAAUCAUGCGUAUAUGGGAUUUGCAUAUGUGGGAAAUCCGCAUCCAAUUCAUCCAUAUAUGUUAACACCUAAUAAUGAAAAUCAAUCAAUAUCUGUAAAUAGUAUGACGUCAUGGCAAGCAACACAUGUAAAUAAUGGAGGAGUAUAUGGUGAUAGUGGUGAUAAUCGUGAGACUGUACAGCCGAAUCUGAGUUAUCAAGAUGAUACGACGACGACGACAACAACGACAACGCAUAUGUUACAGAAUGUUUCAAAUAAUUUUGAAAAAGUUGAAACAAAGAAAGUUGACGAAACGAAAACUUUCGAAUUUUAUAAUAAUCAAUAUCAUAAUUUUAAUAAUUAA